GAGAGAGAGCGAGACGGGAGGAGAGCUCCUUCUCUCCCGGUGCACUUGGCAGUCUUGUUGCGGGCUGCUGUGCUGUUGCUGUCGUGGCGUGGCUGGUCGCGCCAGGCGGGGGAACUUCACCACACUGGAGCCCGGAGUCCCACUCUCUCACCUGCGCAGUUCGGAGCUGCCAUGGGUCUCGCGCCUGGAUUUACUGUCCUAAUCAUUCUACCGGCCUUUCUGCUGCACACUAGCGGCCUUUACAUCGCCAGUAGCGUUGACUCCCUGCAGCAUGUCCUGGGGGAGUAUGGACUGGUGAGGCCAAUAAGUGUGGAUGCAGAGGGUCGCUUCCUGUCGCACGCCAUCUCGGCAGGCCGCGUGGCGGGAGGGCAGCCCCGUAGGCGCCAGAAGAGGGAGGUAGGAGGCGGGAAUGAUGAGUGGGAAGGACCAAAAGGAGUAGACAAAGACCGAGAGCCGGUGGCCCGCCAGGAAAGACUCUACUACAACGUCACCGUCUUCGGCCGGGAGUUCCACCUUCGCCUGCGCCACAAUGCCAGGCUGGUGGCCCCCGGAGCCAAGAUGGAGUGGCGCGACGACGACGACAGCACACGGCACUUUGAGACACUGCAAGAUGACUGCUUGUAUGUAGGUGACAUCACUGACACGCCAGGAGCCAGCGUGGCGAUCAGCAAUUGUGAUGGUUUGGCUGGCAUGAUCAGGACAGAGCAAGAGGAGUACUUUAUCGAGCCUGCAGAAAGUGGUGAUGGAGUGAUUGAGGAGGAGGAGGAGGCAAAAGGAGGAAGGACACACAUUGUCUAUCGCUCUUCAGCCAUAAAAAAGGCACCCAUCGACAUCCCAGCAGGAGACUCCCACUCCAGAGGUGCGGAUCUUGGCGGUCUGAUGGAUCUGGAGUCUCUUUACCAAGGCGUGCAACAGAGUAUCAACAACACCCGAGCAGGGCGUGCUCGCAGGCAGAGCAUGGACCGGGCUUAUAACAUUGAAGUUCUGCUGGGCGUUGAUGACUCCGUUGUCCAAUUUCACGGGAAGGAGCAUGUCCAAAAGUAUCUGCUGACACUCAUGAACAUAGUGAAUGAAAUAUACCAUGACCAAUCUCUGGGAGCAAAAAUCAAUGUGGUGCUGGUACGGAUUAUCAUGUUGGGCUAUGGAAAGUCCAUGACUCUAAUCGAGCUGGGGAACCCUUCCCAGAGUCUGGAGAACGUGUGUCGCUGGGCAUUUCUGCAGCAAAAGCAAGACACUGGGGACGCCGAGUAUCACGACCACGCUAUCUUCCUCACACGGCAGGAAUUUGGCCCCACGGGCAUGCAGGGUUAUGCUCCAGUGACUGGCAUGUGCCAUCCGGUAAGAAGCUGCACUUUGAACCACGAGGAUGGUUUCUCCUCUGCCUUUGUGGUAGCACAUGAGACCGGGCAUGUGCUGGGCAUGGAGCAUGAUGGUCAGGGAAACCGUUGCGGGGAUGAAGUACACAUGGGAAGCAUCAUGGCUCCACUAGUCCAAGCUGCCUUCCAUCGUUUUCAGUGGUCCAGGUGUAGCAUGCAAGAGCUGGGACGCUAUCUUCAUUCCUAUGACUGUCUUCGUGACGACCCCUUUGACCACAACUGGCCAUCGCUACCGCAACUUCCUGGUUUACACUACUCCAUGAACGAACAGUGCCGCUUCGACUUUGGGGUGGGCUACACCAUGUGUACUGCGCUACAAAAGGCAGGCCUUUCAGGAACGCAGUAUCGCACCUUCGACCCAUGUAAGCAGCUGUGGUGCAGCCACCCAGAGAAUCCCUUCUUCUGCAAAACCAAGAAAGGACCGCCCAUUGAUGGCACCAUGUGUGGAAAUGGGAAGCAUUGCUUUAAAGGUCACUGCAUCUGGCUGACACCUGACAUCAUCAAGCAAGACGGAAACUGGGGUUCAUGGAGUGAAUUUGGACAGUGCUCACGCACAUGUGGUGGCGGUGUUCAGUUUCGCACACGCGACUGUGACAAUCCAAGACCAGCCAAUGGAGGACGCACCUGCGUAGGUGCGACAUACCAGUUCCAGAUGUGCAACACCAACGAAUGUGAGGAUAUCUACAGCGACACGCGAGAGGAGCAAUGCCACGCUUGGGACCCUCGCUUCGAACAACCCAGUAACAAGCACUGGCUGCCCUACGAACACCCAGAUGCAUAUAAACGCUGCCACCUCCACUGCCAGUCCAAGGAGACGCGGGAUGUUGUCUACAUGCAGCGGAUGGUCCUGGAUGGCACGCGUUGCUCUUACAAGGACCCGCACAGCGUGUGUGUGCGUGGGGAGUGUGAGAAAGUCGGAUGCGACGGCGUGGUGGGCUCUUCAAAGCAGGAUGACAAGUGUGGCGUUUGUGGCGGGGACAGCUCGAGCUGCAAAACCUUCAAGGACACCAUCACUCGCACAGUCAAGAAGCAAGGUUUCCUCAAAGUUCUUGAAAUUCCCCGAGGGGCACGACACUUGCUGAUCCAAGAGCUGAAAUCUACUUUGCACACUUUUGCUGUGAAAAAUGUGGCUUCAGGACUGUUUUUUAUAAAUGGGGAAAAUGAAUGCCCAGAAUCAAGAUCGGUCAUCGAAAAGGGAGUGGAGUGGGAAUACGAAAAUGACAAAAACAAGGAGACACUUCAGACUACAGGCCCUCUCAGACAUGGAAUUCUGAUCAUGGUGAAAUUGCAUGGCGAUGAGGAUGUCAAUUUGUCCUAUAAGUACAUGAUGAACAUGGACAGUGAUCCUGCCAUCCAAAACAACAUUCUGGUAGAGGACAGUGCCUACGAGUGGGCCCCUAAAAGGUGGUCCUACUGCUCAAAGCCAUGUGGAGGAGGGAAACAAUACCUGCGAUAUGGCUGCAGAAGAAAAGUAGACAGUAAAAUGGUGCACAAGAGCUUUUGUAACAAAUCCAACAUGAAACCUCGAGGAGAUGCUCGAGACUGCAACCAGAAGCCCUGCCCUCCACCCAUUUGGGUGACAGGGGAAUGGCAGAACUGCAGCAAACCUUGUGGAAAAACGGGCAUGCAAGUACGUUCGGUCAGCUGUGUCCAACCGUCAGACGACAACACCACUAGAUCAAUCCAUAAUAAAUAUUGCAACGAUGACCGUCCGGAGACCCGCAGAUCCUGCAACCGACAUGCUUGUCCAACGCAGUGGAGAGUUGGACCAUGGUCCCAGUGUUCAGUAACCUGUGGGAAUGGAACUCAGCAGAGGCAGGCUGUGUGCCACACCCGGGACAACACCAUAGGCCUAUGUCUGGACAGUAAACCUGACACUAUCAGAAUGUGUCGGAUGGAUCCAUGUCCAAAGGGUUCACCAGACUACAAUAAGAACGGCAACAUCCUGAUCCAGUGGCUAUCCCGCCCCAGCCCCAAUUACCACAAGAGCUUCUCACGUCGCCGUUGUCAUGGAGACCGCUCUGUGUUCUGCCGUAUGGAGGUGUUGAACCGAUACUGCGCGCUACCAGAGUUUCAGCGUCUAUGCUGCAAGACAUGCAGUAAUUUGACAGAUUCUCCAGAUUUAAACUCCACAUCAACCCCCGCCAACUCCACCCAAUCACCCAUCACAGUUCAUCCACCUACUAGCCUCACUUCUUUGUUCACCUCCACCACCCACUCAGCUGAAGAUAUAGUCACUGCCAUUCCAGAUGCUACCACCGACUCCUGGACCAUGACUCAUCCGCCUACAUUCAUCAUUACUUCAAGCCAUCAUACCACCUUGAGCUCAAUAGGUACCACAGAACUGAUCAACACCUCCUCAAAAGCAUCUACUCCAUCUCCCACGAUUCCUGUCAUCUCACCCGACGCAACCAAAUCAUUGGUUUCAGACUUUCCAGAGGCAACAUCAGAACCUACUCCUUUGCCUGGACCAGGAUUAGACAUAAACUUAAAUUCCAAACAACAGACCACCAUAACUACGUCAAGCCUCAGAUCAACUACGGACGUGCCCACAAAAUUAACAACAGGCAUUACAGUAAACAGUACUAAAAGACCACUUGUAUUGAAGCCUAAAAAGGACACACUGCCCAAGAAAAUUGCCCCCAAAUUGAAUUUACCGGAAAAGAAGACUGUACAGAAUAGCAAAAAAGUAUCUAAACCAAAGAUCAAUCCCAAAACAAAGACAAAUACGACCCCAAAAAAGAUUACACCACCCAAUAAAAAGACAAAAGAAGCUAACGCUUCUCCCAAAAAGAUGACCACUGCCAAAACAACUCCCAAGAAAAAUAAUGCAAACAAAAUUCCCAUACACACAACUCCAAAAAAGACUGCACCAGAAAAAUCUCUUUCCAAAAAGACUACCGCUGCUAAGACACCUCCAAAAAAGACGACACCAGUCAAAACAACUCCCAAAAAGAAAACCCCAAUCAAAAUGUCUCCCAAAAAGGCCGCACCAGUUAAAACAACUCCCAAAAAGACUACUUUAGCCAAAAUGACUCCCAAAAAGAUUAAACCGACCAAGGCGACAAUUAUUAAGCCAGCUAUUACAAAACCAAAAAAGACCAUGCCUGCUCACACCCCUCCCAAAAAGAUUUUAAAGACGAGCCCAAAAAAUUCUAACCCAGUUAAGCCAUUACCUUCAAAAAACUCCUCUAAUUUAAAUGUUACAAAACAAAACAAAACAUUAACUACCCCGAAAAAUAAGACGAAAUUUAACCAAAACAUAACAGUGGAAAUGACGCCUGCAACAAGACCUUCACAUCCCACAACAUGGGCCACUCCAUUCUUAAGCCCGGAGUCAACCACAGAGUAUGUUUCUUCCACUCCUCCGUCUACCGUGAGUUUCUAUAAUACUGCUGCAAGCCUUCCACGACAGGACUCGAGAGUCAACACCAUAUCUAUUCCACAAAACUCAACACUGGCAGAUAACGCUCUGCUGUCCGACAACAUUUCUCACUUGGAAACCACAACUCCAAGCAAUUUUGAAGAUGUCACAAUGUCCAGUGGAAGCAUGCCAUAUACAGAUGUCGCAGUAAGCAGCAGUGGAGCCUUUACGGUGCUUGGCGAAACUACGCUGCUGGAUGACAGCUUGACUGUGAUAACGCCAACCAUCAACCUUGAGGAUGUAACCAAUCUAGCUUCGUCACCCUGGGACGACAUGUCCGAGUAUAUCCCUGUGAACAUUCCUGCUACUGCAGCAACAGCAGAUCCCGCCACCUUGGUUUCCAGCACAACUUUAGCGCCCCAGCAAGGGCUAAAAGACAACAACUUUAUCGAUGUCUUAGACAACAGGCUAACCAACGUUGAUAAUGACAUCUCUCAGAACAACCUUAUCCCAAAGCAUCGCCUCAAUCUCCGGGAAAAGACCAGGAACAAACGUAUUCAAGAGCUUCUGGAGGAAAAGCGAAACCUUCUCCUCCGGAUGAAGAGAGCCCAUGCAGCGCGUUAGAGCACAAAAUGUCAAUUCUCUUAUAGAGACGAAAGCCUUUACAAGACUGAGCUGCCCUCAAUUGGGGUUUCUAAACACAAAUUGUUGUAUCACUAUUGAGUCAAGACCAGGGGUAGACAAUAAGUUCACUGGCCCCACUAUCAAAACCACUGGCCCAAGUCAAUGCGUCUGUUAUUGAGCCCAAUAAUCGCGAAAAAAAAGAAAUUGCUUGAAAAACAUGCAUAACAUUUUUUAAGGUAGAUUUUAUGAAAAAUGCAGCAAAACGGUGCAAAAACAUGAGUCUAGUGCAAAUAAAUUCUGCGGGAGAGCCCUGUGCCUGGGCAAAGCUUUCCUGUCUUCCCCUUACUCGGUUGUCGUGGCAACGAUUUAGAAGUCAAAGAGAUGGCAAUUGAGGCUAACGAUUUCAAGCUAGACCAUCGUUAUGACGAUAUUAUUUUCUCCGUAGUCACACGGAUGAAUCAUCACGUUAUGUUCAUACCAUAGGGUUCAUACUCAUUGACUUUUCUCUGACUUACUUGUCUGCAUACAGUGUAUCACAAAAGUGAGUACACCCCUCGCAUUUCAGCAGCUAUUUAAGUAUAUCUUUU